UCACGAAGACGCGAGACAAAGGCCGAAGGCGACGACGUAUAAUCCAGUACAACAUAUUCAAAAUGUUGAAAGAGCUGGUGAAGGAGCGACUAAUGGCAGCGGCUGAUGAAAUAUUCGCGCUGUUUGAAAGAACGGUAGCGUCGUACGAGGAGGAACUUUCGCGAACAAGAGAGGAGAAGGCGCGACAUCGACAACAACUCGAAGCUGUUUGCAAGACUGGAAUUAUGAUGCACGUUGAGGAUGUCCAGCAGCUGAUUGGUGGUCAAGAAGACCGUCCCACUCAGCCACAGGGGUGGAGCUCCACUUUGAAGCAGGACGAUCCACAGCACCCCCACAUUAAAGAGGAGGUGGAGUUACAGACCCUCCAAGUUAAAGAGGAAGAGGAGGAGCUCUGGAUCACUCAGGAAGAAGAGUGCCUUCUCGGGAAGGAGGGGGCUGAUCUCACCAUGAAGUUGCCACUGUCUGUUGUGUCUUUGAAAGCUGAAAACCACAAAGACAAACCACCUGAGUCCUCGCAGCUUCAUCGCAGUCCAAGUGAGGAGAACAGAAGGGCGGAGCCUCUUAGCAGCAGCUCACCACGACACGUGGAAACAGAAGCCGAUGUAGACCGCUGUGAAGGAUCACAAGCAGACAACCUCUUAGCUCCGCUGUCAGAUAGUGACGUCAACGUAAACAUGGAAUCACACAUGGGAAGGCACAUGGGAAAAAAACUUUUAAGUUGCUCAGAUUGUGGUAAAAGUUUCAAUAAAAAGUCACACAUGCUGUCACACGUGAGAACACACACAGGAGAAAAACCUUUUAGUUGCACAGACUGUGGCAAAAGAUUCACUCAAAAGGUAAAUAUGCUGUCGCACAUGAGAACACACACAGGAGAAAAACCUUUUAGUUGCUCAGUUUGUGAUGCAAAAUUCUCGUAUAAGACAACAAUGCUGGCGCACAAGAGAACGCACACCGGAGAAAAACCUUUCAGUUGCUCAGUUUGCGGUAAAAGAUUCCCUCGGAAAAUUGUCAUGGUGUCACACAUGAGAACACACACCGGACAAAAACCCUUUAGUUGUUCAGUUUGUGAUAAAAGAUUCUCUGAAAAAAUUAAUAUGCUUUCACACAUGAGAACACACACGGGAGAAAAACCGUUUAGUUGCUCAAUCUGCGAUACAAAGUUCUCUCAUAAGGUAACAAUUCUGGCACACAUGAGAACGCACACUGGAGAAAAACCAUUUCGUUGCACAGACUGUGGCAAAAGCUUCACUCAAAAAGUAAACAUGGUCUCACACAUGAGAACGCACACUGGGGAAAAACCGUUUAGUUGCUCAGACUGUGGCAAAAGCUUCACCAAAAAGGGAAAUAUGCUAUCACAUAUGAGAACGCACACUGGAGAAAAACCUUUUAGUUGCUCAAUUUGCGGUGACACAUUUUCUCGCAAGUUGUCUUUGAAUAAACACAUGCCGAGUCACUGACGGCAUCGCCGGCUGGCCGGUGUGGCCUCCAGGGGCGCUAAAAAAAAUGGGGAAAAAAUUUACCUUUCAAUAUAAAUAUACUACAACUAGUUAGUACUCUAAACUCUUAAAAUGGAAAUGUUCACAUUGACUUAAAUAUAAAGAAAUGCUCAGUUUAUAUGUACUUAAUUUAAAUGAUAACUAAUAAAUGCUAACUAAUAAAUGAUAACUAAUAACUCUUCCUGCGUCCAUCAUUUUUGUACAUCGAUUUUUUUUUUUGUUAUUUCAUAUUGCUUUUGUAUUUGGUUAUUAGGGCACCAAGCACCAAGUGAUGGCACUGCGAAGGCCCUCUUGAAACUUGAUGCAAGGGCCCUAUUGUGUCUGCUACAUUUAUUAUUUGGGCAAAAGUACAAAGUCCCACUGGUACAAAGGCCCUAUUGUAAACAAUGCACUUUUUAUUAUCAGGGCCCGAGCAUAAAGACUCAGCCGUUGCAAGGGCCCUAUUGUAUCUGUUGUGUUUAUUAUUAUUAUUAGGGCCUGAGCGCAAAGCCCCAUCGGUGCGAAGGCCCUAUUGUAAUAACUGCAUUUAUUAUUAUCCCCUUAACGCCUACUGACACAAAUAUGCAACAUACCGUUUGGAUCAAGCAAUCACCUGAGAUGGCAUCUGCAUUCCCCCCAAUGCCGGCUAGUGCAUAUUCAGUAUGGAACUGGGAACCUUUGGCACGCACUUGUUUCUGGUAGGAUAUUUCCGGAACUCCAAAACUCACUCUGGAACCAAGCCAUCUUCACUUUUGAUACAUUUGCCCAGCAAAAUAACAUGCCUCCAGUUUCACGGAUGAACUCUGGUGAAGAACUUCUGUCGUGACGAGAUGAACAAACAAGUCAGCAAAUGACCCCUCCCACCCCACACAGCUCAGGGUUCACUUGAGCCAGAGGGCAUGCGCAUUCCAUUUCUUGUUGCCACUGGCCGGCACUGAGACAAUUCAGGAAGUGACUUAUAUAUAGCGUUAAAGUAUCUUCUUCACCAUAUGUACAAAUUAUGGUGAAGGGCUGACCUUGUGGAAUUGAGUUAUUAACGUUUACAGUAUAGUGGCGAUUUUUCUGAUUGAUCAUCAAAGUUGGUUGCCUCACCCCGCCCACAUCUUAUCAAACAGCCUGAAAUACUUCGCAGUGUAACAUUGCCCGUCUGUCCAGUAUUUGUGAUUUUUGUUUGGGCUAAUUUGGUCAAAGUGCCUCGGACUAGUUCGUUGAAAUACAACUACCGUAAAGCACCGUGUAUAAACCGCACUUUUUUUCCACUGGUAAGAAGCAAAAAAUCGGGGUGCGGUUUAUACACGAUGACAGGUCUGUGACCAGACGCAGAAAUUGACGAGAAGUCCAGUGAAAGAUAAGAUAUCAAAACAUCUCUGAAAAUUGCAAAAUUUUUUAUUUUGAAUUAUUAUUAUUAUUCUUAUUAUUCUUAUUAUUAAUCUGUGCUUAGCCAUAAUAUUAAAGAUCUAGAUGCCGAAGUUCAAAUUUCUCCUUUCUUCUUCUUUUUGAAAUUGCUUAGUACCUUUACGCAUGUUGAUUUGAGAUGAAAGAGUUGGCAAGCAUUUAUGAACAAAAAAAUUUUUUUUCCCUGCCGUGCGCCUGAAAAUGGGAGUGUGGUUAAUUCACGGGUGCGGUUUAUGCACGGUGCUUUACGGUACCUGGAUUUUGCCCAAAAUUGCCCCCGGAAACCCAAAUAGCGGACUUGAUGUUUGUUUUGGAACAUGAGUUCAUGAGACUUUUUUUGUGCAUCCUGUGAUGAUUGACAUCGCCACAAAAUUUCGGGACGUUCUGUGAAACUGGUGGCAGGUGGGUGGGUGUCACAUUAGAAAUUUUGACAAUGACAAUCAAGCUGAGCUGCAGAGGACUGUGCUAAAAAUCUUUUGUUUGAUGUUAUAUGCAAUUCUGGACAUUGCAACACCUAAAUGUGUGAUGUGCUAAGAUCUGAAUGUUGUUUUUGGAAGUAUCGCUGUACUUGACGGUUAUUUCUUCAUAUUCAUUUCAAGUCAACUGUUGCGUCCUCUAAAAACAAAGGAUGUGUGGCCAGGGUGACAUUUUUCACCUCUGUUUUUUGUAGUUCGAUUGCUGUGAUCCAUGCAAAGUUUUUUUGUUGGUUGUUUGUCUUUCUCUUGACACUGAAUAAAUGACUGUUGAGUUUG